CACUUGAAGCAUGGUUGAAGCGUGGCUUCUGAAAGAAUGUGGUGGCAUUUUCGUUUCCUUUGAUUGAUUUUGGUUUUAUCUGAAUUAUUGAUUAAAGUGAUUGAUAAACACGGUUAUUAAUUCAACCGAAAAAUUUCAUUUUUGUCUCUGAACAUUAGUAGGAAGCAAGAAUUUCAAGGUUAUCUUCUAGAAACGCCACUAUUUAGAAAUUCACUGAUGUAACCAUUGUUAUAAUCGAGCUAGUUGGAGGUUGGAUUAUGAUCAUUCAGCAACCUGACAUCAAGUGAAGUGACAGUGCCUGUGGAUAAUCUAGAUGCGGAUCUAUCGGUACCGAGUAUUGAAGUUUUAUCUUCUACCGAAAUUCUAGAAGAAUCUGCUUAUCCCGAUAUUUCUGCCAGUGAGGUUAUCUCUGCUGAUGCUGAGCCCAAUGUCAAACUGGAAAAUGUUCUAACUACAAAUAAUGUGCUUAAUGUGACCAACAAUGUGACCCGUAACAACGAGAGUGGAUCUAGUGAAGAUGACAUCCCAUCAUUCAGUGAAUGGACGUUAAAGGUGUUGGCGGAGGAAGAGAAAUCAGGUGCAAACGGAAGUACUGGUGUGCAAACCCCUGCUAAAUUAUCUAAAGUAUCUGCUCGGCGAAAAUUUGGUUCGUGAUUGAAUUAUGUGAAGCCAUUCAAGCUCAAAGGGUGGGCAUUGCCAAUUUCGAGUUAUUUUCAUCCUCGCCGAAGGAUUUCCGCGUUUACAUUAGCGACCGUUAUCCAACUCGGGAUUGGGCUUUGAUUGGUCUGUUCACCGCCGCUGAGGUCCAUUCAAAGUUUCACACUGGAAAGGCAGCUCCUUGGCAAGUUCGUUAAGGUGGAAUUGGUCAGUCACUAUAGCAAGGAACAUUUUUGUCCCAUCUCACUUUUUCACGUCUACGGUAACAGCGAAUACGAGGUGCUAGACAAUGAAGAAGAUUCCCGGACGGGAUAAAUUUCACACCGUCAAGAAGAGGAUUCAACAGAGGAAGAAAUGCUUUUGAUUUGAAAAAAAAUAACAGCAACACCGAUGUCGUCGUGGAAGGAAAAAAUUUAUUUGGGAGUGCCAAAGAUGCUGUCAUAAACAUAGUGAAGAAAGCAGCCGAAGUCCUUACCAAGAGUCCUGCUCCGCAAAGUGUGAUGGUGACCGUUAACGAAACAGAUAAUAAAGAAGCGAUACACCCAACUGUUUGCUACACAGCAGUCCAGCCGGUCAAUGUGUCACGAGCUAUCAACGGAUCUCUCAGCUGCGAAUGGAAAGAAUUGAAAUUUCUUGCCUCACUGCCUUGGCUUCACUCUUCGUUGCUCCUCCAAUGUCAGAAAGAGUCGUUUGAUCAAACAUUUUCUUCGGUAGAAUUGGCUUUCGCUGAAUCCAUAUGGACUCGGUCGACUAUUCAAGCUCUUUGCCACUGGAUCUUGCCAGAAGACCCGCACAUUCCAGCUUCAUUGGAAUCAGUCUCACCCCCAAUUGUGGAGUUGGAUGUGCCUGAGAAUGUAAAUCCGUGUACUGAAGCUCAACAGGUCGGUGAAGUGGAAUCCAUCGCUGCUGAGCAGCCCAGUGCUGAACAGAAUGAACUCGAAAAUUUGGAGCAGUUAUUUUCUGAAGAAAUGGGAACAGUAGCAACGUCGUCGGAUGACCUACCAAUCGGAAUGGAGACCAUUAUCCCAAAUGAUGGCUUCUUAAUUGAGCCUUCGAAGCCCAUUGGUGUACAACAGCAACAACAAGAGCAACAUCAACAGUAUGAUCAACAGCAGCCCCAGGAGCAACAGAUACAGCAACAACAACAUCGUCAGCAGCAGACACAGCCAAUAUUUGGAAGAGCUUAGCCGUCGGUACAAACGCCAAGUAGACAAUAUGCAGAAAUCGUUAAAUUGCACUCUACAGACUUUGAACGACACGUUGCAGCGAAUGAGCACGCAAGAAGAGCGUUAUCAAGUCGUACUAAGUCAGCUCCAUUUUGAUAUGGCCGAAUUAAAAACCUCGGCGUACAAACUGGCAGAGGAGAAUCUGGUCCUUCGAGCUCAGACAAUUGAACAGCACUUGUUUCUUAUGGUGGUUGAGGUGAUUGUCAUAGCAGUGUUGGUCGUCUUCCUUCUACGUAAUUUUACGCGGCCACAAUUUAAUCAGCCACCCGAUCCUCGUCAUUCUCCGACUCACCGACAAAAAGAGCACCAGCCAGCUCCAUUAGAUUUCCGGCUCGAGGUCGGUCAGAAGGUUGAAGAAGUCGAGAUGGUCAAAACAACUUUGCCCGUGUCCCUGAAUAUGUCAGAAAAGGCCUUGCAGCCAUACAAGACGAAAACUCAGGUUAGUCCAACACCCAGUCUUGCCGACAGCUCGAGCUCCGGAUGCGAGUCAGCUUUCAGUUUCCCAAAUUCAAAUUGUACAACAACAAGUCGCGAUCCAAGUCCAGUUGAUGGUAACAGAGCUAGGGGCAAAUCGAGCAAGAGUGGUAGCAAGAAACAGCAGAAGAAAAGGAAACAAAGUCUUAAUAAUGUCCUCCCCAACGACAAAGCAUCCAUCUACCACUCGAAAGAUGCCAGGUCAACUAUACACCCCCCAAAAAUUCGCCUCAAAUCUGACAAUUGGGAAUGGCACUCUCGAGCUAAAAUCCUUGCAGCCCAAUUUAUUAAAGAAAACUACCAAACGAGUGGAAUGCGAAGUAGCUUUUAAAAGAAAGGAGCGCAGAAUCAUAAAAAAAGAAUAAGAAUCUGUACAGAGGAAACGAAAAAUUCCAAUGACCCUUACUUUUUUUUUGUACUUUUCUUUUUGAAGAAAAAGGGACAUUUGUUGUAUUUUUCUAGAUUGAUAGUUGAUUGAUUAAAAUGUUGACAGGGAAAAGGCCUAAAUCGGAUAUCCGCAUUUAUUAUUAUUUUUUUUUAGAGAUUGUUAUUCCGGCUCUAGUCGUGACAAUUGGAAAUGAAAAGCAAGCAAAAAAAAUAAUAAUAUCCUUUUCCCCUUCAUUGUAUGAUUUGCGAAAUUUUGCGCUAUUUCGUGUGAUAUUUUUGAUGACUUACUUACUGUACUUUUUCACGCGUUUCUUUAUCCUCCCAUCCGAAUACUUGCCCGUUCCGUUUCGGCUGACUUUUGAGACACAAAGGUAAAAACAAAAACAAAAAAUUUGGAAACCCGGAGCGGAUAAUCUCGUCAUUCUUUAAAAGUGUUAAGGACUCACCGGUAACUAGUAGCAAUUUUAAUUGUCGAAAGAUGCAUACAGAAUGAUGGAGACUAUCAGUGACUAAAAAACGUAAGUCAGCACGAGCAUAAAUUUGCGGGGAUAUUUAAACAAUUCAUGGGUUUCAUGUGAAUUUUCUACUUUUUGUGUCAUGACCGACAGCUUUUUGUUUUGUGUGUUCAAUUUUUUAACGGUAUAUACUCGCUUGCUGUUUCAAUACAAUUAGCUCGUUUUACAAUCCCA